UUUCCCCUUCUUUAUUACUAGGUGAUGGUAAUGCCAGAGGGAGCAGAAACUGUUUCAAGGCCAAGUCCCGAUUAUCCCAUGUUACCCACAAUACCACUCUCUGCCUUCUCUGAUCCCAAGAAGACCAAACCAUCCCAUGGGUCAAAGGAUGCCAACAAGGAAAGCAGCAAGGCAUCCAAGCCACACAAAGUAACCAAGGAGCACAGAGAGAGGCCAAGGAAAGACUCUGAGAGCAAAAACUCCUCCAAAGACCUUGAAAGAGAACAAAACAAACCUUUGAAGGACUCCUCCAGAAAACCAACAGAGAAUAAACUGCCUAAGGAGGAGAAGGCGCCUCCGAAAGCUGCUUUCAAGGAACCAAAACUGGCUGUGAAGGAGACCAAACUGGAGAACACCUCUCCAAAGGGUGGGCCGCAGCCGGAGCUGAAGUCUUCCAGCAAGAGGCCUUCCAAUGUGGAGUCACCAAAGCCCAGUGCCAAAAAACAAAAAAAGAGCAGCUCCAAAGGGGUAAAGAAUAUCCUGGGGACGUCUCCCAGAACCUCGUCUUCCUCGUAUCCAGAGAAGAAACAAACCAAGGAGAAGAUGAAUGCCAAAGUGGAAAAGGUAAAAUCCGAAAGCGAGGCCAAGGAGAUCAAAAAGCCUGUGGAAAUGGAGGAGUCAAAUUCAGAGGAUGAGAAUUCUUUCAAAUCAGAGUCUGUCCAGUCCAGCCCUUCCAACUCCAGCUCCAGCUCCGACUCCAGCUCCGACUCUGACUUCGAGCCAUCUCAGAACCACAGUCAAGGCCCGCUGCGCUCCAUGGUGGAGGACCUGCAGUCGGAGGAGUCUGAUGAUGACGACAGCUCCUCAGGGGAAGAGGCAGCAGUCAAAGCAAACCCCGUCAGCCGGGAUUCCAGACUGAGCCUUAGUGACAGUGACAGUGACAACAGUGCAGACUCCUGCCUGCCCAGUCGAGAGCCUCCCUCUGCUCAGAAGCUGCCCCCAGCAAAUAAUAAGGCAUCUGGAAGAAAAAGCCCGGAGUCUUGUAACAAACCAGAGAAGAUCCUGAAGAAGGGAACCUAUGACAAGGCCUACACUGAUGAAUUAGUGGAGCUCCACAGGCGACUCAUGGCACUACGAGAGCGCAAUGUGCUGCAGCAGAUUGUAAAUCUCAUUGAGGAAACGGGGCAUUUUAACGUUACCAACACAACCUUUGACUUUGACCUCUUCUCCCUGGAUGAAACAACUGUUCGUAAGCUGCAGAGCUACCUGGAAGCAGUAGCAACAUGACCUCGGCCUUGGAAGCAGGCUGCUUUUGAAACCAGAAAUCCCCUUUAUUGGUACCAGGAAACGAACCCAUGGAACUAGGCCUUCUUAUUCUCUCGAUUCACCCGAAGCACUGCCUUAGAGAACAGCCAUGCUCUAUGAAUGCACAGCCAGCUGCACUUUCUUGUAGGCUUCAAACAAGCACCCAUAUUGCUGAGUCUGUCCUCCCUAGCUUCCUAAGUCCGCUUGGGCACAGAUCCUGAGUAGAGCAAAAGAACGGCUGCGCCCGGCUGCAGCGCGGCCCUUCUGGUUUUACUUCAAGAAACUGUUUGAAGAACGUUUUCAGGCACCUCUGAGACCUGAAGAAGUGCGGGCGAUGUUUUCCUCACCAAGUCUUUGGGACCAGCCUGCAGAGAGCUCCGGUCAGUCCGGUUUCCUUCGGCUCCGUGAAGAAGCAUUCGUGCCGCGUUGGCUUUUACAAAGCUCGCCGGGAGGCUGCUGGUGACAGGAGGUUCUGGGAGUCUCGUUGCUCCGUCGUGGAGGAAAGCAGACAGAUUCUGGUUUUGCUCACUCUGUGAGUUCUGUUGCAGUUGGGCACGGAGCGCUGCUGCCGUUGGCUCCCGGUGGCUGCAGGGCUGUGCUCUGUUCUGGCUGCCUGCAGGGGUGGUUUGAGCUCCCUGAAGAGGCCCUCUCCAAUCUGCUGUGUCCCGUUGGGGUUUGGAGACGUCUUUGUUUGUUGACCUGAGCUCCUAAACAAAGUCUCACUCCUUUCAGUCUGCUUUAACUGUAAUAGGACUACGAAACUGUAAGCUGUAUAUUUUAUAUAUAUAUUAUAUAUAUGUAUGUACUGUAUGUAUAAGAAGGGCCUAGUUGGGUCUUAUGAUUUUAAGGGUGUGUUUUUCUGUU